UGAACAGACACUAGUUCACUUCCGCGUUCUUUGCAUAGCAACAGGAGGUAAAAGGAAGAUGGCGGCCAGCGGAGACCCCUGUGUUUAGGUAAACAGCGUGUGUAGAGUCAGGAAGGAAAGCGCUCCUGAGGAACCACAGGUACCAAGGAGCGGCGCGGUCGUCCUGCGGCGCCAUGGCCUCCCACACCGGCCGGCUGCUCCAACAGGCCCUGGCGGUGCUGGACGUGGCGCUGCGGGUCCCCUGUAUCUUCAUCAUCGACGCCAUUUGUAACUGUAACUCUGAUCCGGCGGAUUGCUGGACUGGGACAGCUGGACAACUUUUACUACGGGUGACUGGUAUUGUGGUGUGCAGUGUGGUGCUGGUGUUAUCCCAGAAGUCCCUGUUUAAGUUCUACAGCCUCUUCGUGGGCAUGCUGCUUGGAUCCACAGCCGUGUUGCUGAACUACUACGUGACUUCUCACAUGGACACGUACAGAGCGAUGUCCAGCUUCGGGCUGCUUCCUCCUACCAGACUUGCGCUGUGGCUGGCCAUGGCUGCUCUGCAGCUGCUUUUAGCCUCAGGUUACGUGCUGCUGCUUGGAGUAAAGUCUCCAUACUCCACCUUGAUGAUGCUGGACGUCCUGGUGCCCGUGUCAGGACUUUUCAUGGAGCUUCCUGUGGAUGUGAGGCGGACGUUGGCGCUGAUCUCGGGAUCUGUGCUUUGUCUGAACACGGCUGUGUGUCUGUUGGUUCGUUUUAAGAGACUCUACUACUCGUGCCGGUACGUGUACCUGCUGGUGCGGCACAUGUACCGCAUCUAUGGGUUACAGCUGCUUCUGGAGGACACGUGGAAGAGGAUUCGUGUGCCAGACGUGCUGCGGGUCUUCUGGCUCACACGUUUAGCUGCACAGGCUGUGGUUCUGGUCUAUGCGGUUAGGAUGGCUCAGGUGGAGGAGAACGGACAGUCCUAUGUGACGUGGGAUGUGUUCUGGGAGCUGUGCAGCAGUCUGAUCAUUAGUGGCUGUGACUCGACGCUCACGGUGCUGGGCAUGAGCGCCGUCAUCUCAUCUGCGGCACACUACCUGGGCCUGGGUGUCCUGGCCUUCAUCGGCUCCACCGAAGACGAGGAAGACCGGCGUUUGGGCUUUGUGGCACCGGUGCUCUUCUUCAUCCUUGCUCUGCAGACAGGGUUAAGCAGCCUGGAGCCAGGCCAGCGUCUGGUGCGCCUGAGCAGGAACCUGUGCUUGCUGCUGACUGCCGUGCUGCACUUCGUACACGGCAUGACGGAGCCGGUGUUAAUGGCACUGAGCGCCUCGCACGUGCAGUCUGUGCGGCGACACGCUCCCGCUCUCCUCGUGUCUCUUGUGCUUCUGACCCUGCCGGUGGUAUUGAGUGACAUGCUGUGGCGGCGCUGCGUGCUCAACACGUGGCUUUUCGCCGUCACUGCGUUCUGCGUGGAGUUGUGCCUGAAGGUUCUGGUGUCGAUCACGGUCUACGCGCUCUUCAUGGUCGACGGGUAUUACGGCACGCUCUGGGAGAAGCUGGAUGAUUACGUGUACUAUGUGCGCUCGGCCGGAAACGUAGUUGAGUUCAUCUUUGGGAUCGUCAUGUUUGGGAACGGCGCCUACACCAUGGUGUUCGAGGCAGGUAGUAAGAUCCGUGCAUGUAUGAUGUGCCUGCACGCCUACUUCAACAUCUACCUGCAAGCCAAGAGCGGAUGGAGGACUUUUGUUAAGCGACGUGCUGCCGUGCAUCGGAUCCAGUCUCUGCCCGAGGUCACGGGCACCGAGCUGCGCGGCGUGGAGGACGUCUGCGCGAUCUGCUACCAGGAGUUUGUGACGGCUGCCCGCGUCACGCCGUGCCACCAUUAUUUCCAUGCGCUUUGCUUGCGUAAAUGGCUGUACAUCCAGGACACCUGCCCCAUGUGCCAUCAGAAAGUGUACGUCGAGGAUGACUCCCACCAGCGCGCACCUGUUUCCAACAACAACGGCCAGGCACCGGCCGCGGACGAGCAGGCAAGGUUUGAAGCAGCGCAAGGAGGCGGGACAGAAGCGAGACAGGCGGCAGGCGCAGAGGCGGAGCCUGACGACGAGCUGCUGGAGGAUAAUGACAGUAUAGAGUACGAUGAAGACGAGUGGGGAGCACAGAAUGCAGCGAAUCCGGUGGAGGAGGACUACAUUAAUGAUGACACAGACUCCAAUACAGACUGAAAGAGAUUUUAAAACAAUGUAAGAAAAUAUUUCAGGGAUUUGCUCUUUUAUGAGUGCAUGCGUGCGCUUUUUUGUAUGUCUGUCACUCAAAGGGCUGAUUGGAGUUAAAGUGCUGAAAUUGUGCGAACAUUCCAAAACCUGGGGUGAAAAGUCAGUCUCUCUCUCUCUCUCUCUCUCUCUCUCUCUCUCUCUCUCUCUCUCUCUCUCCUUUUUUCUUUUGUAUUUUUGGGAGCUGAUGAAAGGUAUAGACGGAGUGUUAGCUGCUCGAGUGGGAGGAAUCCUCUCGUCUCCUCUCUGGCUGUCCCGCUUCCUGCGCCGAGAGCUCAAAGUCGACGUACUACUUACUGUAAUCACACAGAUUUACCUCCUAAUGGCUACUACUGGUCUCUUGUGUGACCUUUCCGUUUUAUGUACAUUGUUGUACAUGUCGUAAAUAGAGAGAAAAAACGACGUGGCGCUUUUCCCGUGCAAAAGAAAAGGGCCGCAUUCCACUGCGUGUUCUCCGAGGAGCGUCUCACUUCACUCUGUGUUAAACUGCACCUUUCAGUCCAGUCACAUCUGUUGAUGGUCUUAAUCGUGGCACUUGCUGUUGUUUUUGCACUCUGUUUCCCCGAUCUAUCAUAAAUCUCCUAACGCAAGAGCACCUUCAUGUCUGGAGCUAUGAGGCCCAUUGUAGCUGACAGGUAGCGGAAAUUUCUGGAAAUAAAAAAGCCUCAGAUCUUCUCACACACAACAAAUGGCAGCUUUAUUUGUAAUUCUUAAAUUUAUUUUUUGUAUAUAUAUAUAUUUUUUUUUUUUUGAUGGCACUGACUGUAUUUCCACAUCUAAGCUCUUGCAUCAUCAUUCAUAGUGCUUUCGGCUUACUAAUCCAGUCGUACCUUUAACUGAGGGCGGCGUCAAGGGGUGAAGUCGUAGCACGUGGAGGAGGGAAGGAAUUAUAAUAUAUAAAAUAUAUAAUAUUUAAGUUUCAUGUGUCAGAGAUUUGUUAGUGUAAUCCCACAUACUUGUCAUCGUACUUCAUGCACAAGUGAACGUUUCGGAUCUAAAGGAAUUAUAACAAGCGACAAAGUUCCAAUUUAUGUUAGUCUGAAUUUUAUUAAUUUUUUUGGUGUUGUCUUUUGAGCUCCAACGAUGACGUCAUUUCCUCUGAGGGAACCUACUGAGCACACACGUUUCAACCCUGUUCAAGAGCAGCCUUAAUAGUAAAAUAACUGAUUCCUCCAUCGCUUGAUUAUUAAAAUGAAGGAUGUGUUACUGCUUUUACAAAUCAGCCAAUUGAUCUCAUAGCAAAGUCAUUUUUUUACUGUUGAUUUUGUUUAAAACGUCUCUUUCACCAGUUUGUAAAUGUCUUCUACGGAUGGCCGUAGAGAUGCGAGAGAGAUUUCUUCCAGAAUAACGGUGUAGGAGAGCAAUUCUACACAUACAGUAGACUCUAGAUAACCAAAAGUUUGUGCACCCCUGGCCGUCACAUGCAUGUGCUUGUUGAAGGCUUUCCUUUAGAUAUUAGUGUUUGGAUGUGGGGAUUAAUGAUCAAUCAGCUACAAGAGCAGCAGUGAGAUCUGACAUUGAUGUCGAGAUGUUGACGAGAUUCCAGUUUCAGAAUCUCACAUCUCUAAAGUGUUGAGUCAGAGUCAGGGCUCCGUGCAGGACACUCGAGAUCUUCCACUCCUACCUUCACCUCCUCACCAUGUCUUCAUGGAGCUCAGGGGAUUUGUGUACAGGUACAUUGUCAUGCUGGAAGAGUGUUUGAAUUCCUGUCAAGGGAAAUUUGUAAAGCUAAAAGACAAUGGAAUGCUCUACAGUUAUGUGCAAUGAAUUUGGGGUGAUGGUCAGAGGUGCACAAACUUUUGACCAUAUACUAAUAGCAAACCUCUCUGUUAAAGAAGCUAAACCUUGUGGAAGUAUUAUGAUUUCCUGACUCUGACGUGAGCUACACAUGUUUUACUAUCAUUACAUCUCAGUAUAUCAGGCCUUGUUUAUCAAACUGGAUGCUGGAAGCGA